CGCCGUUAUUGCAUAACUGUAGAAAUUCACCAUGUAUUAUAUUACGUUAUAAUUAUCACAUCUGCUACACAGAAUAGUAUUGUAAACACGACCUUGUAAAAAAGUAAUGACUAAAUAUGAGGCUCCAUUUCCGCACAAAGAGUCAGCCUUUACAAUUUCCCAUGCCGUGUGUUUACCAUGUGGACGUCCAAUUUCAGGUCACAGGUGUCUAUCAUUCAUAGAAACAUAACAAUAUGAGUUUCAUUACGGUGUGAAAUAACACGGCCCGAACCCGCAAUGAAGUCAAGACCAUUCGCUAUUGUUUUAUAACAAACAAAACAACCAGCUAUAUUACAGAAUGGGUUCGGGAACGUGUGCUCUGAAUAAUACACUCGCUGAGAUGCCGCAUGAAUAUUCAGAUCUCCGCGAAAAAUCUGUUACAAUGAUGGCACAUUUGGACGAAAACGGGUUUACCUACCGGCAUUUCACUUGCAGUUUCAACUAUUUCGUGAAUAUUGUCACGGGUUAGCAUAUUACGGAUGGACGGAGCAAAGAGCAACGAUUCUGUCCUUCUGGAGUGCUGGAGGCUCUGAACGGAUGGCCCACGCAAACGAGAAUAGGAAUUUUGAGCAACUAUCAAAAAGCUAUGUAGAUUUUGUUUUGAUACCUCCACUCUCAUUUAUUUGACGCACUAAUCAAAUUUAUUUUUCUGUUUGCCUUAUGCAUUUUCAGAAAUAUUUUUCUCUGAGUGAACGAUCUUUUACUAUUCAAAAUGACAACAGGGGACUCUGACAUUGGCUUGGCGAAUGGAGUGAUAACAACAGCUCCAGAUGAACCAUCACCACCAUGUGACAAAGAACCCAUACAGUCCUUCACUCCUGAAGAUGAGAUAGAAUCUGAGACAUGUCUGCUCCAGGAUCAGGAUGGCAGUGGGAGAAGGUCAUCCACCUGGAUGAAGCCCUGUCACAAAUUAAGUUUGGACUCUUUCACAUAAAGAUGCUGAUACUUGCAGGAGGUGGAUAUUUCGCUGUUUGUUCGGAAAUUCUGGUGUUUGUUUUCCUCAGCGAACCUGUGAAGAAGGAGUGGAAUCUUAGUCACUAUGACUUUGCCUGGCUUCCUUUCUUCAGUGGAGUGUGUGGUAUUGUUGGUGGGUAUGUGUUCGGGGUGCUGAGUGACAGGAUUGGACGUCAGAUUCCCUUCAUCGCUUCCAUAUCAGUGUGUUGUGUCUUUGGGGUGGCCUCAGCGUUUGCUCCAUCCUAUAUCCUGCUGGUGGUACUGAGAUCUCUCGUCUCUGUCGGAACUGGGGGACUGGAGUCUGUGGACUUUGUCCUGCUGCUAGAAUUUCUUCCAAAACGAAACCGAGGGUCCUAUAUGGUGUUCAUUACAUUCUGUGGUGCCCUCGGAGCUGUGGCAGCUGGGGGUAUUGCCUGGCUUAUCUUGCCUCGCUUUGGAUGGAGGUGGUUUGUUGGUGCAUGUGCAGUUCCAUCCAUAAUCGUGUUUAUUCUGAGAUUCAUCGUGCGAUCUGAAUCACCACGUUAUCUCAUGAUCAGUGGCCAGAAGGAAAAGGCAAUGAAGGUUCUUCAAAAUAUAGCAGCACAAAAUAAAACAGAACUACCUGAAGGUGAAAUAAUCUGCCCAGUUUCUACAUCACGUGGAAGAAUACAGGACCUGUUAUCUCCAGAGCUCCGCAGAAGAACACUAUUCAUGAGCCUCAUCUGGUUUUUCCAAUCCACCGGUUACUGGGGAGUGACCAUCUACCUUCCAGAAUACAUGCACUCACUGGGAGUGAAUUCCUAUAUGAAUAUGUUUACCAUUUUCAUUGGCGAACUACCAGGAAUUGCUCUUGCGAUGAUCGUCAUAGAACGACACAUGCUUGGAAGGAUCAACAGUCUGAAAUUCUUCUCAUUCUUUACUGGGGCAUCACUUCUUCUGUUUUCUUUCAUUCCCAUACAAAGUAUCAAAGCAGCGCUUGUCAUUGUGUGUUAUUUCUUCAUGGUGCCGAUAUACUCCAUACUGAAUGCAUUUACCCCAGAAAUAUACCCAACAGAUGUAAGGAGCACCGCCAUGGCUUGGGCGAACAUCAUCAUUGAAAUUCCUGGCUUGAUUACUCCAUUUGUAGGUGCAGUGUUGUUGUCGUCUGAUAUGGUAUGGCUCUAUCCAGUAACGUGGACUGCCUGCUUCUUGCUUCAGUUCAUCUUCAGCUUCUUUGUGGGCGUCGAGACUGCAGGGGAGGAGUUGAACGACAAGAGGGACUGUGGGAAGGAGAGAGGCAGUGUUAAUGUGUCCAGUACAGUGUAGAUGGAGUUUGUGGGUAUUUAUUUGUAUGUGUGAUCUUUUGCUGUGAGAAUACAUGUUUCAAUAAUCUGAUGAUGGCAUUUGAUGUGAAUAUGGACCUGAAGUCAUUUGAUGAGUGUAUAUGACAAUCUCGACAAAUAUACCAUUAAAAAAAAGUAGGGGAUAUUCCAUUUUGCGAGCAUACCACUAGCCAAUGCCAAUGUAUAUGAGAAAAAGUAAUAUAUAUCCAUACAGAUGAAACAUUUCCAAAGGAAUGGAAUAAAUUGUCACAUAUUCACUUAAUUUCAUCUGUUUUCUCCUUGGCUUCAUCAUUUGCGUUUUAUCAGUCUUGUAAAUCCAAUAUCGCCUACUUUUUUUUAAUGGUAUAUGUUUAUGAGAAGCUGUGCCAUGUGAGCAUGAGGUAAGUCAGUGUUGGGGGUUCAAACCAGUCCCUAUUAAACUUCACUUUGUAGUCCAUAUUUAAAUCACUAUAGACUGUACUUUGAAAACACUGUGUACACUCCCUAUGCUGGCCUCAUACCAUGAGCAGUGAGGGGAGGUGGGGUAGCCUAGUGGUUAAAGCGUUGGCUCGUCACGGCAAAGACCCGGGUUUAAAUCCCCACAUGGGUACAAUGUGUGAAACCCAUUUCUGGUGUCCCCCGCUGUGAUGUUGCUGGAAUAUUGCUAAAAGCGGUGUAAAACCAAACUCAGCCAUGAGCAGUGGAUAUAUCACUAUGCCUGCAGUAUGUGAGGAACCAUACCAAGUUAUCCUGUAUUGUAUCUGAAAUGACAUGACUGUCAGUAUUUUACUUGGAACCCUAUCAAGACAUUCUGUAUUGGAACAUGAAACCUUAGCAUAUGCUUAGUGUGUCAGCUUCAAGGUUUGCAUCUAAUAUUACAACACAAUGACCUGACAUUCAGCCUCCACACAACAGCCUACAGUGGGCAGAUAUGGGGCCAUUACUAUAGAGUUUGUGAUUUCUCCUAGUGGACACAGAUCUGGACGCAGAAUUGACCAAACAGGACAUCACUUUAGACAAUGAGCAGUCAAGUAUCUGUUUUAAUAUCCAUUACAUUCACUUGUGAUUUACAACGAGGAGUACUGGGGACCAAUUAAUCAAGGGUAAUUCUCUGUGGAUAGUGUAUGUUUGAUGUUUUUGUCAGAGUGAUUUUCUACUUUAUAUAUCCAAGAAGACAGGGAACACUGUGCCUAUCAUUUUGAGCAGAUGAAGAUUUUCAUCAUAUAUCUGUGUGCAUCUGUUGUCAGCUGUCUGCUUCCUUUACUAAGAGUGAGUCAGUUUAGUUUUAUGCCGCACUCAGCAGUCAGUAAAUAAUCAAGUCUGGACCAGACAAUCCAGUGAUCAACAGCAUGAGCAUCGAUCUACGCAAUUGGGAUACAAUGUCAUGUGUCAGUGAGCCUGACCACCUGAUCAUGCUAGUUUUCUAUAACAACAAGCUGAGGAUCAAUUCUAACCCGGAUCUUCACAGUUAGAUGGAGUCAUCAUCUUGAAGUGUGACAGAUGAAGACACUACUACAGAAAGAAUCUGAUAUAGUGUGGAGCUCAGCGGGAAGAACCUCAAGAAAUUUACAUAUCCAAGGUUUGAGAAGUUUCUUUGUAUGACUGUUGUUCUGUCAGGCUUCCGUUUGAACCAAGGUUUUACUGUUUUCAGAAUUGGUGCAUUUAUAUGUGUAUAUAUAUAUUUAUUGAUUAUAUGUUUGUUAAUGCUUGAAUGAGUGCAGUUGUAGAUAAGUGUUUUCCAUGGUUGUUUGAUAAUGUUUUGUGCCACAAGUGCUGCCCCUGCUCACCUUUCUGUGAACAGCUGGUGUCAUAACUAUUGGAUGGUGAUUUAUGUAUGCAAGUGUAUAGUCGACUGUGCUUUUUUAAAGGAAAUGGUUUUGUUGCUUCUAUUUAUUGGAAAGAAACAUGAAAAAACCCAGUGUCUUGGCUGUACAAGAUCAGUAACUGUACCCACCAUCAACACUGGUUGUUGAACAUCCAACAGUCAGCUCUAUGGUUGUACUGUUACAGUGUUCACAAUCAGCACUUAGACUGUACUGUUACAGUGCUCACAGUGUACAACAUGAUUGUGCAGUUACAUUGCACACAGUCAGCACUAUGAUUGUACUGUUAGAUUGUCCACAGUGUACAAUUGUACUGUUACAUUGCACACAGUCAGCACUAUGAUUGUACUGUUAGAUUGUCCA